GCAUCACCUCCUGCCACGGCGAAUUCGUCUCCCUCUCUCUCUCUCUCUCUCUCUUCAGUCUUCUCUGAACUGUGAGCGGAACGCAAAUCCAAAAUAUAAGCAACAAAUAUGUAUCGAUUGGCGGCGAGGCGGCUGCUCCUCCUACCACGCCCGCAAACCUCCCACCUUCGAACCCUAUUAGCACCGAACCCACCGAGUUGUUUUUCUUCCACUUCGGCAUCUUCUUCUUCUUCUUCUUCUUCUUCUCAUGAGAGCCUUAAUUUCCCGCGCUCACAGCCCCCUAACGAUUCUACAUCGUCAUCGUCUUUUUCAUCGAAAUCAUCGGGGUUUCCAGAAGAAGACGCGACUCCGCGGUACGAGAAGCAGGAGACCUCGCGAGAUUCUUCACGACCGCCCCGAGCCGAAUACCAGGAUGAGCAAGCUCGCGUACUCGGCGCCUCGCUUCCUUAUGUGCCUAGGUUGGGAUGGACUGAAGCAGCUAUGAUUGCAGGAGCAAGAGAGGCUGGUGUUUCUCCUUCUAUUGUUGGUUCUUUCCCUCGGAAAGAAGCUGCACUAGUAGAGUUUUUCAUGGAUGAUUGUUUGCAAAAGCUUAUUGAUAGAAUUGACUCGGAUGAAGAAUUAAGGAACUUAAUACCUAGUGAGCGCAUUUCAAAGCUUGUGAGGAUUCGCUUAGAAAUGCAGGCUCCCUACAUAUCUAAAUGGCCUCAAGCAAUUUCCAUCCAGGCACAACCUCAGAAUAUUCCAAGAAGUUUUAAGCUACGAGCCAUGCUGGUUGAUGAGAUAUGGCAUGCUGCUGGUGAUGUGGCCACUGAUGUUGAUUGGUAUGCUAAGCGUGCUGUGCUUGGAGCAAUAUACUCAGCAACUGAGGUGUACAUGCUAACUGAUAGUUCACCAGAUUUCCGGGAUACGUGGACAUUCUUGGAUGGACGAGUUAGAGAUGCUUUUGAUCUGAAAAAGAGCAUUCAAGAGGCAAAUUAUUUAGCAGAAGCUGUUCGUGCAGGGAUGGGAAGCUCUUUGCAAGGAUUCAUGAGGAGAGUUAUGCAGGGCUAGAUAGUAACGGCUGGAUUUUUGAGUCUCACAUUUAAAGCAGUCAUCUCUUGUUGCUUGUUCUUCUUCGUGUUGAGAACAGUAAUUUCCUUAAAUGGAUGCUCUGUUAACUUGAAAUAAUAAAUGUUUUUACAACAACCUUGCUCCGAUGAUGUUACUUCCAGAUUAACUGUCUGGCACUUUGGAGUUAGGAGGUAUGCGAGAUUGGAGUUAAUGGUCAUGAAUGAUUGUGCACUUGCGCUAGAAAAUGGUUCCUUUUGGA